GGCACACUUGCAGAAACCAAUGGCGAAAUAUGGCGAACUCUGGGACGAUUCUGCUCUCGUCAAAGCUUUCGACGAUGCUAUUUCCAAAUACAAGAUAAUGCAUGGCAAAGGAGGGGACGAGGAUUUGCUUAAGGAAGAAAAAAUCACAAAAGGCACAGAAGAAAAUGCACCUAUCAUCAUGAAUGGAAGUAAUGAAGUUAAAAGUGCGAACGUGGAGACAGACAAUAAAACCACAGACAUGACAAAGAACAUAACACAUACAAGAGAGGCUACAGAUUCUUCAGUUGCUGAAAAAUGUUCUUCGGAGGUCAUUGACAAAUGUACACCCCCAUCAAUUGUUGUUCAAGUUGAUGCAGAAAGUGCAGAAGCUUACAAACGUUUACUCGACCAAUAUAACGCUGUAGAGGAACAAAGACAAAAACUUUUAGAACAAUUUUCCCAAUAUGGCAAUUGGGACUAUCAAGGUUAUGGUUAUGGUUAUGAUUAUGGUGCUGCUUAUGAUUCUCAAUAUCAUCCUGUGCCUGCACCCCAACCUUCCGGCCCUCCCAUAUGUUCUUGUCGUCCCUAUGUAUGUCCAUACUCAACUGCACCAUGCACCUCCUUGGCUGCAGCUUCCUCUUGUGAAACUUGUGUUGGUAGUACAGCAUUAGCUCAUAGUGGAAGCCCGGCUCCUUUAGAAGAUGGUGGUUUUAUUAAAGCAGCAAUGAGAGCUGUGGACCAAGCUAUUCAUUCAUUUAACACACAAACUUCUGGUAUACCUGAGGUAGAUAAAGAGGGAAAGAAAGGCCAAGAAGUAGAGACGGGUUCAACAAACGUGGCACAAGACAGAACUUCUCAAACGGAUCUUUCAGUUGUCUUAAAUGCUUGGUUUUCUGCAGGAUUCCACACCGGCAAGUACCUCUCAGAACAGAGAAAACCGGCAGUGUCAACUUCAUCUCCUCUUACAACCAGGGAGGAAAUCGAGCGGGUUCCUUCCAAAGAAAACAGCACCGAUUCAAGCUUUAAAGAGAUUCCCAAAGGAAAGUAACCAGCGGUAGGAGCGUGUUGCAGCCGCUGUUCUCGGGAAAGCAGUCAACCAAUGCAAGAAGCAAUCUCCUGAUUGUUUGUGAGUAUUCGAGAUUACCGAUAGACUACGUUUUAAUCAUAAUAUCUUAUAUUCGUGAUUUUUGC